GGCCAAAAGAAGAAACAGAAAAACAACAUGGAUAGUUUCAUCAUCCACAACACAAAAAGAAACUGUGCAGCUCCUCAAUGGCUUAUAAAUACCAUGCUACCAAGUCAGCUUUUGUCCACAAACAAAACCAUCUUAGCCACUCUUAACUAUCCACCAUAUAUGGCUAUGACAAUGAGGUAGGUUCAAUUACUGAUGAUGACCAUAUUAGUUCUUGCUCUGGCCACCUCCAAAAGGGUCUUGGCAAGUGAUCCGGAUAUCCUUUCAGACUUUUUACUCCCACAAAACAGCUCAACAGUUGAUGCUAGUUUUUUUACAUUCACUGGAUUUCGCGGAAUAUUUGAUCAAGCACCCAAAACCUUGAAGACAACAAAAGCCAGCAUGGUUGAGUUUCCUGCUCUCAAUGGCCAGAGUGUGUCAUACGCGGUGCUUCAAUUGCCUCCACAGACACUCUUCCCACCUCAUACUCGCCCUGAUGCAACUGGACUUCUGUUCCUUUUGGAUGGUUCCUUGGAAGUAGGCCUAAUAGACACAACAAUGAAUCUGUAUACUCAAAAGCUUCAGGCAGGAGAUAUGUUUGUAUUUCCCAAGGGAUUAAUACAUUAUCAGUAUAACACUGAUUCUCAAUUGCCAGCCACCGCCAUUGCAGCAUUCGGAAGUGCAAGUGCUAGAGCAGUUGCGGUGCCACCUUCUGUUUUUGCUUCAGGUAUUGACGAUGUCAUCCUUGCCAAAUCCUUCAAGACAGAUGUUGAUACUAUUAAGAAGAUUAAGGCUGGCCUCUCUAGCUAAAUUAGCUACCUGCGGAAUGAUUCAAGACUCCAAUAACUAAUUCAUGUUGUUUUCUCUAACAUGCAAAGCUGGAUUUGUUUAAUUACUCUAAUGUUGUUUACUUGAUUAUUGCCGUUUCUUUUUGUUUCAAUGUGUAUGGAUUCAUGUUACUUUUGUCUUAAUCUAUUUCUUAAUAAAAUAUAUCUAUUCAUUGAUAAGAUCUUAGCUUCUAUAUAUGAUCAACAAAACUAACAGAAUUACUAGCUAGGUAUUCUAAAC